GACAAAAAAUGGAACCCACCAGCAGUGUGAGGAGACCUGAAAGUGGCACAUGGCAGAGUGUGGCGAUGGAGACAGCAGCAAUGGGAGGCCGUACAGGGACCCAUGACACACUCUGGACCUGGCAGCAGCAUGAGGAGGCGGUACAGGGGCCCAUGACAGAUUACGGGCCUGGCAGCAGCAUGAGGAGUCGGUAACGGGGGCCCAGCACCCUAUCACAAAAUGGAAACCCACCAACAGUGUAAGGAGACCUGAAAGUGGCACAUGGCAGAGUCUGGCGAUGAAGUCAGCAGCAAUGGGAGGCCGUACAGGGACCCAUGACACACUCUGGACCUGGCAGCAGCAAGA